UUAUUUUUUAGAAUGCUUGAUUGUUAUACCUAUCCAGUUUUGUUUGCCUUACAUUGCCCAUCUUCCAAUACAAUUUCUAACAAAAAAUUGAAAUUGUUCAAGGAACCGGGGGGAGACUAUAAAUUGACAUUAAAAAUUACUGAGGAAUAUUUGGCUUUUAUUAAAUCAGGAGUGAACAGCAACAACAAUAAUUGCCGUUUGCCUGUUCUUGGAUUACUCGUUGACCCUUUUAAUUGUUCAAAAAACUUGUUGAAUAAACUGGGGCACCUUGUUACAAUAGAAAUACGCCCUCAAUGGCAUAUGGAAAAAGGAGUGGUCAUCUGGACGGCUUUGAAUAGUUGUGAAGAUUCUAAAGUGCCGGUAUUGGAAACGAAAAAAUGUUUUAGAGAUACUGCGUCAGUUGAUAAGUUUGUCGUAUAUUUAGAUUGCAAAUUUAAAUUUAAAAAAUUUUUGUACUCCCCACUACAGAGAGUAUUCUUAUUUUCAUAUUAUAGUUCGUCAAAAAUUGAUGGGGGAGGGAGCAACAAUUGUCGAUCCCGAGCCGCAUUGUUGUCUUUAGAGAUGGGAAGACGUAAACAACUGCCUGUUGGUGAUCCAAGAAAUUACUGGUGUCAGCAUUGCGGGGGCGCUGAUCAUCUGGUCAAAAAUUGUCCCUCGUCAUUAAGAUGCUUUAAAUGCCAUGGCCUUGGGCAUAUGGCGGUAAAUUGUGCAAAACGGCACCCCGACUCUUUUUUGCCUGGACCUCCACGGUGUUGGAACUGUGGGAAGAUUGGGCACAAUGACAAUGAGUGCAAAGAACAACAGUGGGGACGACGCUGAGAUGGAGAACAAAUUUUAUGUCAUUUAACCGUGCAUUGUUUUUGUGGGGACGUAUGAUUAUUUUUUAGUUAAAUAUUUGUUGUGGAUGAGUAAAUUUUUGUGUUUGAGCUUGUUCGUGUUCGAAAUAACCGCGUAUAUUUUUUUAAUUUCCUC